AUGAACCCAUUCCUGGUUGUUUGGACCGGAAUGGUUUUUGCUCAAUUGGCCUCCAGCGCUGCCCUAUUGGAACCUACAAAUGGAAAGAUAUUACUAUCGUCAUGGCUCGAUUACAGUGGCAGCGUAUCAACGGGCGACCGGACUUGGAAGUUUGACUCGAGAAUGGGUCGCAACUUUUCCUAUUUUCAUUUUGCAGUCAACUUACCAAUUGACAGCUUUCCGCCAUAUGACUAUGUUGGUCAAUCUGCUACGGACGCACAUAUAUUUUUGUCAGUCUACCCUUUAACUCUAGACAAUAUUACCGAUGCCCAAAUAGCUCAGUUAACAGCUCAGUGCCAGGCCUUGAAUGGUCUUGGCAGGAACGUUUUGCUCAGGAUUGGGCCAGAUAUGAACGGGUAUGUCGGAUGUAGAUCUUUCAUAGAUCUCUUUAGGCGCGUCAGUACUGCUGUACGAAAUGCUACCACCACAACAGCAGUGAUGUGGGCACCUUCAGCAGCAAAAGGUUAUCCCUUUCUCUUAUCCCAAUAUUCCAUAUCAAACACAAGCUCUGAUUUUGCCUUACUCGAUACAAAUCAUAAUGGUCAGCUCGAUCUUUAUGACGACCCAUUUUCACCAUAUUUUCCUGGAAUAUCGUAUAUUGACUGGAUAGGGAUGGGAAAUUUGUACCAUUUAGGGAAUGUCUAUCCCAACGUUAGCAACACAUUACCAGCCGCAGGUCAACUUGAACUAUCAGUUACGAGUCAAGAUCAGCCCAACAAGACCUUCAAUUUCUAUCGAGACUAUGUCGUUGCAUUGAACAAACCAUUCGCGAUUGCAGAAACGAAUGCUGUUUUUCACGAUAGUCCACUCAUCGAUGUCGGACCUGGAGAGGUGGCCAUUAAGCAGGCUUGGUGGCGCCAAUACUUGACCAAUUCUACCUUUCUCGCUACUUACAGCCAGCUCAAAUUGAUCAACAUCUUUGAAUUCCGAAAAGACGGCUCUGGAACUGAAAACGGCAUCGUGAGAGACUACAGAGUUGUCUCUGCUGCUUGGGCAACUGAUUUUGCAGCGGUUGCUUCGAAGUUUGAGUUAGCCUCACCAGCCGCGAAUGUAACACUGUUUGGGACCACUACCACUUCCUCAACCUCGGGUAGCUCAUCGUCACCUUCGAACGCUUUGUGGGCUAUAUUAUCAGUACCUGCCGUUAUAGCCAUCGCAUGGGUUUAUUUGGCCGUGAGGAGGAAGAGAAGAGCUCAUCUGCCGCCGUCGCCGCCUCGAGAUAAUCCUCUGCUAAAAUAUGUACCAGAGUUCUUGAAACCAAAGGAUAAACCAGCUACUCCCGGGUUUGUAGGUUCAGCAGAACUGGAAGCCGCUCGAAGCGCUCGCUUGUAUCAAGAAUAUAAUGUUAGGUACCCGAGCAGGAGGAGAGAUGGUCGUGCCACUCCUUCAGCCGAUUCAGAUAAUAAUAGCAUGGUAGAGAAUGGUUCAGUUGGAACUGGAACAUAUCUCAAUCUCACCGAAGAUGCCGGAGGCCCUCCUACUAUAAUUGAACCCCAUGCAUCGAUCGCACACGUAUCGGAACCUGCCGCUGCUCUAAUAUCAACAUAUGGCACUCAACUCGACUUCAACAAUCAGGCUGCUAUAUACAACAACUACGGACAAGAUCUCGCUGAUAAUAGAACCUAUACAGACAAUGGCGACAUACACACUGAUCCUACUACGCACAUGGCCGACAACAGUACUGUAGGUCACAGCUUUAAUGGCGAGGAUGUAGUUGCUCCAAGGCACGAUGAUGUGUCUCAUACUCUACCACACAAUUCAUGA